AUGGACAAUGCAUUUGGGAAACCUCUGGUUCCUCCCUUUGAUCCCUAUGCUAAUUCACUCAACUUUAUAAUUGCAUCUUAUGUGAUUCCCUAUGUUGGCCUCACUGGUUAUGUUGGUGCCAAUCGACUGCUAAGUGCUACUUCUAGGGAGUUGGUGCCACCAUACGGAGUGGCCGUGGAAGAGUUCACAAACCGCAUUUCUAUACUUAGGAGCAAGUUAGGAAUCAGAGGUUUGAAAGAUGAAGACAUUAUUGUGCCUACAGGGCUGGGUGCCGAGGGCAGAGUUAAAGGUAACAUUCUUGCUGGUGACGUAAACUCACUGGCAUAUUCAAGGACUCCUGAAGAAAGAUUGAGGAUAAUAUAUGGAAGUGGUGAUGAACAUGUUCAUGGUGGCUUCUAUCCUAAAGGAGAAAGUGGUCACAUAGCUCAAUCUUACUUAAAGUAA